AUGCAAUACUCAAGCCUCCUCAUCGUCGCUCUCACUGCCGCCGCCGUCUCCGCACAAUCAGACUCUUCUUCCGCAUCCAAGACCAAGGCGAGCAAGUCAAGCGCAACCGGCGCCGUAGCGGCCGAUGCCUCUGCGACUGGAAAGGUCAGCGGUAGUGCAUCGAACUCCACCAAGUCAGGAAAGGCAGGAGCCUCGGCCGCGGUAGCGACAGCAUCUGGCAAGGCAAGCGGUGGAAACUCAACAAAAGCUUCAGGGAAGGCCUCGGGCUCAGCCUCAUCAUCUUCAUCCCCGGCAAAGGCAACAACUGCUGGUGCUCCAUCACUGUUGGCUCAAGGCGGGGGCAUGGUCACAAUCGCAGGUCUCGGUGUUGCAUUUGCUGUCUUCAUGUAA